CCCAGGAGGGGAGCCCAGCCCCAUGGGCAGGAGCACCUACUGCAGCCCCCCACUUCAGACAGAGAAGGAGGAGGCUGAUUUACAAGGCAGAUCGAUGGGCCCCUACCUGGACUCUGAGACUUACAACCAGCCACUGUCACCCCACGAGCUAUAAGAGCACCCAGACUUCCGGAACAGUGCUGGGCGGGCGGGUGCCAUGUGAGCCCAGCCUAGCUUUCCUUCCUGUCAGCCCUCCUUCCUUCUCUCCUCCUGUCUGCCUGUGUCUGCCCAGUCUCUCCAAAGAGGGACACUUGGCAUCAUGUCUCUGCUCAACCCUGUCUUGCUGCCCCCUAAGGUGAAGGAGUAUCUGAGCCAAGGCGAGCGCUUCAUCAAGUGGGAUGAUGAAACUUCAAUAGCCUCCCCAGUCAUCCUUCGUGUGGAUCCCAAGGGAUAUUACCUAUACUGGACAUAUCAGAGUAAGGAGAUGGAGUUUCUGGAUAUCACUAACAUCCGAGACACCCGCUUUGGCAAGUUUGCCAAGAUGCCCAAGAGCCAGAAACUCCGUGAGGUCUUCAACAUGGAUUUUCCAGAUGACCACUUUCUGCUGAAGGCACUCACGGUUGUGUCCGGCCCUGACAUGGUGGACCUUACCUUCCACAACUUUGUCUCUUACAAGGAAAACGUGGGCAAGGAUUGGGCUGAGGAUGUACUGGCCCUGGCCAAGCACCCGAUGACAGUCAAUGCUUCCCGCAGCACUUUCCUAGACAAGAUCCUGGUGAAGCUCAAGAUGCAGCGUAAUCCUGAAGGGAAGAUUCCUGUGAAGAAUUUUUUCCAGAUGUUUCCUGCUGACCGCAAACGUGUAGAAGCUGCCCUCAGUGCUUGUCACCUUGCAAAAGGCAAGAAUGAUGCUAUCAAUCCUGAGGACUUCCCAGAAUCCGUAUACAAGAGCUUCCUAAUGAGCCUCUGUCCUCGGCCAGAAAUCGAUGAGAUCUUCACUUCUUACCAUGCUAAAGCCAAACCAUACAUGACCAAGGAACACCUGACCAAAUUCAUCAAUCAGAAGCAGCGGGACUCUCGACUCAACUCCUUGCUGUUCCCACCAGCCCGACCUGAGCAGGUGCAGGGCCUUAUCGACAAGUAUGAGCCCAGCGGCAUCAAUGUACAGAGGGGUCAAUUGUCACCCGAGGGCAUGGUCUGGUUUCUCUGCGGACCAGAGAACAGUGUGCUGUCCCAGAAUGCACUGUUGCUUCACCAUGACAUGACACAGCCACUUAAUCACUAUUUCAUUAACUCCUCACACAACACCUACUUGACAGCUGGCCAGUUUUCAGGUCUUUCUUCCGCGGAGAUGUACCGCCAGGUACUGCUGUCUGGCUGCCGUUGUGUGGAACUAGACUGUUGGAAGGGAAAGCCCCCAGAUGAGGAGCCCAUUAUUACCCACGGUUUCACCAUGACCACAGACAUCUUAUUCAAGGAAGCAAUCGAAGCCAUUGCAGAAAGUGCCUUUAAGACCUCCCCCUAUCCUGUCAUCUUGUCAUUUGAAAACCAUGUGGACUCACCCCGCCAACAGGCUAAGAUGGCUGAAUACUGCCGGACCAUGUUUGGAGAGACCCUGCUUACAGAGCCCCUGGAAAAGUUUCCUCUGAAAGCUGGCAUCCCUCUGCCCAGCCCUGAGGACCUCCGGGGCAAGAUCCUCAUCAAGAAUAAGAAGAACCAGUUUUCUGGUCCAGAAGCUCCCAGCAAGAAGCCUGGUGGGGAGGCUGAGGGUAGCUGCUCGCCCAAUGCCUCCUUGGGGGAGGACACAGUGUGGGCUGCUGAGGACAGGGCUGAGGUAGAGGAGGAGGAGGUGGAAGAAGAGGAAGAAGAGGAGUCAGGAAGCCUGGAUGAAGAAGAGAUGAAGAAGAUGCAGUCGGAUGAGGGCACAGCAGGCCUGGAGGUGACUGCUUAUGAGGAAAUGUCCAGCCUUGUCAAUUAUAUCCAGCCUACCAAGUUCAUCUCCUUCGAGUUCUCUGCACAGAAGAACCGAAGUUAUGUCAUCUCCUCCUUCACGGAGCUCAAGGCCUCUGACCUGCUCUCCAAAGCCUCGGUGCAGUUUGUGGACUACAACAAGCGCCAGAUGAGUCGUGUGUACCCCAAGGGCACACGUAUGGACUCCUCCAACUACAUGCCCCAGAUGUUCUGGAAUGUUGGAUGCCAGAUGGUUGCUCUCAACUUCCAGACAAUGGACCUGCCUAUGCAGCAGAACAUGGCCCUGUUCGAGUUCAAUGGGCAGAGUGGCUACCUCCUCAAGCAUGAGUUCAUGCGCCGGCUGGACAAACAGUUCAACCCUUUCUCAGUGGACCGCAUCGAUGUGGUGGUAGCCACCACCCUUUCCAUUACGGUGAUCUCUGGGCAGUUCCUGUCUGAACGCAGUGUACGCACCUAUGUGGAAGUGGAACUGUUUGGUCUCCCAGGGGACCCCAAGAGGCGUUAUCGCACCAAACUGUCACCUACAACUAACUCCAUCAAUCCUGUCUGGAAGGAGGAGCCCUUUGUCUUUGAGAAGAUCUUGAUGCCUGAGCUAGCCUCCCUCAGGGUGGCUGUGAUGGAGGAAGGCAACAAAUUUCUUGGACACCGAAUCAUCCCCAUUAAUGCUCUAAAUUCUGGAUACCACCACCUAUGCCUGCGUAGUGAGAGCAACAUACCCCUCACUAUGCCUGCACUCUUCGUCUUCCUGGAGAUGAAGGACUAUAUACCUGACACCUGGGCAGAUCUCACUGUGGCUCUCGCCAACCCCAUCAAAUACUUCAGUGCUCAUGAUAAGAAAUCUGUGAAGCUCAAGGAGGCCACAGGAAGUCUGCUUGAGAAGCCCUUCCCAUUGGGGAGUCCUGCUACCAGCCAGGCCAAUGGGUCAUCUGUCCCAGCAGGCAACGGGUCAGCAGCACCUGGAACCAAAGCCAAGGAGGAAGCCCGGAAAGAAGUGGCAGAGCCACAGACCGCCAGUCUGGAGGAGCUGCGGGAGAUGAAGGGGGUGGUGAAGCUGCAGAGGCGGCAUGAGAAGGAGCUUCGGGAGCUGGAGCGGCGGGGAGCCCGGCGCCGGGAGGAACUGCUGCAGCGAGGUGCGGCACAGCUGGCCGAGCUCGGGCCGCCAGGCACGGGCUGCAAGCUUCGCCCAGGCAAGGGCUCCCGCAAGAAGAGAACCUUGCCCUGCGAGGAGCCCACUGCAGCUGCAAUGGGCGAGUUCCCCGAGGGGACGGACUCACGGCUGCGGGAGUUGAAGGACAGGCUGGAACAGGAGUUACAGCAGCACUGGGAGGAGCAGCACCGGAGUAUUCUCAAGCGCAAGGAGCAGCAUGUAGCCGAGCAAACCGCCAAGAUGAUGGAGGUAGCCAGAGAGAAACAGUCUGCAGAGCUCAAGACCUUCAAGGAGACCUCAGAAAUUGACACCAAAGAAAUGAAGAAAAAACUGGAGGCUAAGAGGUUGGAGCGGAUUCAGGCCAUGACCAAAGUCACCACAGACAAGGUGGCCCAGGAAAGGCUGAAGAGAGAGAUUAACAACUCCCACAUUCAGGAAGUGGUGCAGGCUGUCAAGCAGAUGACAGAGACACUGGAACGACACCAGGAAAAGCUGGAAGAGAAGCAGGCAGCCUGCCUGAAGCAGAUCCGAGAGAUGGAAAAGCAGUUCCAGCAGGAGGCUCUGGCUGAGUAUGAAGCCAGGAUGAAGGGCCUAGAGACUGAGGUGAAGGAGUCGGUGAAGGCCUGUUUCAGGACCUGCUUCCCUUCUGAGGUACAGGACAAGUCUGACAGGACCUGUGAUACCUCCAGAGAGUUGUGCUGGCAGGAUCCACUCACAGACAAGGCAGACACCCAGGAGAGCCGCCUCUGAUGCCCCCAUCUCCCUGGGACACUUUAACAAGGAUGUUCAGACCCUUCUCUGGGACAUGGCUGCAUUCCCCAGAAGAAAAGGACCCUGAGGCUGAGGCUGUGGGAAGCUGAGGGGCCCUUGGAUGCUGCAGCCCCCUUCUCAGCCAGGUAAAGGCAGGAAUGGGAGACUAUGGACCUUGGACCCAAGAGUCUUCACCAAGCUAAUUUCCUGCUCCCCAUCCUUCUCCCGCCUCUGGAUAAGUAUCAUAUAGUCAUUGAAGUCAAAAGAAUAUUGAUUGGGAGGUGGAAAAUUGGGUUUUGGUCCCUCUGCCUUUCCUAGUAUGUAAAUAGUGGUACCCCACUUGGAGCCCAGUGCCUUUCUUGGAGGCUUGCACCUGCUCCCUGGAACCUUCACUUUUGUACCUACCACUCAAGCAGGACCAAACUCAAACCCUCCUGAUGUGGCACCUCACAUGGACUUCUAGGCCACAACUGAGUGCAGUGUUGCCAGCACCUUAAGGCAGAACCUGGCACUGUCUCAAAGUUCUCUGGUGAUGGCUACCCCCAGAAUGUCAGCUGAGGCCCCUGCCCUCACCUUCUGCCUGGAGGGACAGGCGACUGCAUGGAAAAGCUUCCUCACUGACUGUCCCUCAGCUGCUGACACAUAUGGGGCUGUGUCUGGUGCUGAAAGGACACUGUGGCUUCUUGGAUGAUUUUCUACCCUGAACCUGGUUCACCAUUUUUUUUUUCUGGGUCUGGGCUGGGUACUUCCUAGCAGGUGCCCUACCUGGGUUGCUUAAAAAGGUCAGUGUCAUUUACACUCAUGGAUUUAUGUGGUUUAUUUAUUUUUCUCCUUCCUGCUCUUACUAAAAAACCCUAA